AUGUAAUAUUAUGGGUAUAUGAUAGAAGCAGGAAUGUUAAAUGAUAUUUGGAUGGUAUUUGUAUAUAUGGAUUAAAAUAGGUGCGAAUUUAUCUGACAGAUUACUAUAGGUUGGAAAGUUUAAUGAAACAGUAAUUAGAAAAUUUAUGAUUUAAAUUUAGGACAGGUUGAUUUAUUUGCAUAGAAAAGCAGAAGUGUAUAGGAGAGCAGAUUUUUGAUCAUCAUGGAAAGAAGCGAUCAAUUUAUCUGA